ACUACAAUUUUUUUUGUAAAUAAACCAAAAAGAGACCACCAAAAAAUCCAAGAAAAUUCCAUUUCCCAAUGGUUUUCACAACAGUUGUUAAUUUCAUACGAGCCCGCGGUCCCGAUGAGUUCUGGAGGAAGAGGAAAAUAUUCAAACUAUCUGCGCAUUUUGUGGGGCGUAAGAGGAAUUGCUACUCCUUGGCCAUCAGGAAUGUUCACAGAGCACUGCAGUAUGCUACGAAAGGGCGUGAGCUAAAGAAGCGCGACAUGAGUGAUCUGUGGUCAGCGAGAGUUGCUGCCGGAUGUGAACAGCAUGGGAUUUCUUUCUACACCUUCAUGGAAUCACUGCAGAGAUGCAACAUAUUGCUAAAUAAGAAAGUCCUAUCGGAACUUGCUGCAUGGGAGCCGAGAACAUUUGAAGCUCUUGCACGAAUUGCGCGAGAGAAGGCUACUGUUGAUGAACUUCCGGACGUAAAGAACAAAGACGUUUCAUCAGGAGUAAUUACGAGAAGCACGCUAAAGUAGAAGCUUCCCGGAUGAAUUUAUUAAGUAUAGGAAAAUAGAGAUUUACAAAAUA